GCCAUGUCCGCUCCAAAUGAGCCACAAUCUUUCACGGAUCCAGCGUACUGGAAGAACUUCUUUGCAAAACGAAAAUCUCCAUUCGAAUGGUACGGUGACUAUAAUUCUUUAUCAAAUGUAAUUGAUAAAUAUUUGAAACCGAAAGACACGUUCCUUCAACUUGGAUGUGGUAAUUCGGAAUUAGCGACCCAACUCUACGAUAAUGGAUUUCAUUGCAUUCACAGUAUUGAUGUAGAACCAUCUGUUAUUGCCACACAGAUUCGUAAAAAUAAAGAACGACUCGGAAUGACUUUUGAGACUGGAGAUGCUGCUAAUCUAUCCAUGGCCGAUGAAGCACAUACCAUUGUAAUUGAUAAAGGAACUCUCGACGCUCUUCUUCCACCAUCAGCUUCAGAAUCCGAUGAAGCAUUGGUUACAAAGAUGUUCGAGGAAGUUCAUCGUGUAUUGGCUUCUGGUGGAAGAUAUAUCAUUGUCACAUUGGCUCAACCACAUAUCACCGAGUUCUGGAUUAAUCACUUCUAUCCAUUAAAGCAAUAUAUCCUACGUGUUCAAAAAGUUGAGAACAAGGCUUCUGGAUUCCCAAUGCCAGUUUUCUGCUUUAUUGCCACGAAAAUGCGAGCACCAAUGCCAAAUCCAUUGCCUCUAGAAGUUCUUCGCUCCAGCUCCAUCCGUACUGAUCGUAUCGAUAGCACUGACGAAUUGAAGGAUUCUAUUCGUGGAGAACAGGAGCUCUCACAAUUCAUCUACCUGUGCUCGAAAAAGCUGGACUCUGAAGUUUCAAUCGACUUUCAUGGAGCAGAUCCAUCAUUAGGACCACGUUAUCGUAUCUGUGUUGUUGAUAAUCCAGAAGCCAAGAAGAUUGACACAUUCGCCGCAUUUGUGGUUCCAAUUGGACGUGAUUCUGAAUGGCUAUUCGCCUCACCAAAGGGACGAAAAGCUCUUCGUGUUCAAUGUGGCCGCGAACGUCUCGCAAUCGUUUUCCUCAACAGAAAUCAAAAAUAUGAAAAAGGAAUGGACGGUGUGAAGAGUGAUAUUGGACAUUUUGUUGGAAUGCUGGAUGUUAGACAAGAUAAUACUGGAAAUUACGAAAUUCUAUCCAUCGGAGGAGUCGAUGUUAAGCGAACCGUUUCAACGGGACGUUCGGAUAUCAAUGGUGGUUGGAGUGUUGAAGAAGUUACUGUUGAAGGAAAUCAAACUAGAAGACUAGUUUUUCUGAAUACGAUGAAUCUGGUACAAUCUGAAGCUUAUCUGAAAACCGGAAAGAAGAAGCAAACGGUCAUAGAUCUCGAUCAAUUGGCAUGCGAUUUCCAUAGAAUGAUGAUCGGAUCCCUAGCCAUCAGUCCGCAACAACCAUUAGCCAAGAAUGAUGCUCAGUGUAAGAUGGCUGUUCUUGGAUUAGGUGGUGGACUUUUGACUGCAUAUCUUGUCAGACAUUUCAAAAAGGCUCAUGUAACCGCUGUGGAACUUGAUCCAGAAGUACUCAAAAUCGCAAAUUCUCACUUCUCGUUCCCCCAUUCGGACGCUAGAAUUGACGUUGUCAUCCAAGAUGCUCUUAUUCAUCUCCAGGAGACUGCAAAGAAACCUGAAGAAGAGAAAUACGAUGUGAUUUUUGUGGAUGUUUCUGGAAGUCAGAACGCUGCUCUUCAAUGCCCACCAUCCGCCUUCCUUACCCCAGAAGCUCUAGGAAAUAUGAAAAACUCGGUGAAAGAACAAGGAAUGAUUAGUUUGAAUUUGGUUACACGCGAUUCGGAAUUCGGAAAGUCGAUUAAAAAGAAUAUCGCAGAGUAUUUCCCAACUCUCUACACAGUUCUGUCCUUCGAAGAUGUUAAUGAGAUUAUCAUCGGUCUCAAAACACCCAAGAACACAAUAAAACCAGUGGUUCCUCAGAAAUUAAUCAACACAGUUCGCAAAGAUAUUGGAAGCUAUGAUGAGGUUGUCGGUGCUAUCUCAAACAUUCGUAUGGUUGAUUAUUAAUUGCACAAUUUCGUUUGUUAUCUUGUUUAUUUUCAGUAAUUUUUUAUUAUAUGUAUUCGAUUGUUCCCAGUUAUUCAAAUUUUCCCCCGUUUGUUGUUUCGUUUGUUCACCUGAUGAAUUUUGUUUUACACUUUGC